AUGACGCUGCAAGGAUCUGAGCUGUUUGGCAGCAGCAGUGGUGACCUUCCUAUAGAGGAGUUGGAAAGUGGCAACCUCUUCCACGGAGGAGUGGAGAGCAAAAUCAGAUGCCGCAGUCAGGAUAAGGAAAAGGACUGCCGCCCAACCGCAAAACAGAGUGGCCCAGGGACCCCUGCUCCCCGUUCUCCCCGCCAUCCACCUCCACCCUCACCCUUACUACCCCUCACCAGCUCAAUGGACCUGGGCGCGCAGCGGGAGCGCUGGGAGACGUUCAGGAAGCGGCGGGGCCUCAGCUGCGAGGGCGCCGCCAAGUUCCUGCUGGACACCUUCGAGUACCCAGGCCUGGUGUAUCACACGGGAGGCUGCCACUGCGGCGCGGUCCGCUUUGCGGUCUGGGCCCCCGCAGACCUGCGCGUGGUGGAUUGCAGCUGCAGGCUGUGCAGGAAGAAGCAGCACCGACACUUCCUGGUGCCGGCCUCGCGCUUCACUCUCCUGCUGGGCGCCGAGAGCAUCGUCACCUAUCGAUCCCACGCGCACCCGGCGCUGCACAGCUUCUGCAGCAGGUGCGGGGUGCAGAGUUUCCACGCCUCUGUCUCUGACCCCGGCGUGUAUGGCGUCGCCCCGCACUGGCUGGACAAGGGAACAUUUCCCUAG